UUGGUAAGUAUCUAAGCAACUAAAUGAGCAUGUAGACCAUCUCCUCCACAUACACAGCUUGCUUAACAACUUAUCAAUACUGCUUUAGUGUUCCGUCACACUUUGCAUAGGAAAGAGUGCCACCACUUCUGUAGUAGUUAAAUACACGCAACAGUCGAAACAACAUCGACGAAACCCCAACUGAUACGUUCAGCUGAGAUAAUCCCAAAACUAAAAAAUGUUCCGACCACAGAGUGCCACGACUCGCCAAGAGAACGAGAUGGUGAACAGGAGUAUCCGCGAGUUGCAAGCAAACGGAUCCAACGAAGAUCCUAUUGCGCGUUUGAGACUGGUCUGUCUUUCUCGUGGAGCCACAGGAAUCCUGGGUUUAGGUCGUAUGUUCCGUCGUUUAGAUGAUGACGGUAACAAACAGCUUAAUCUUGAUGAAUUCAUGGUUGGAUUGAGGGAGUCCGGGCUGGAGAUCGGCGAGUUCGAAGCCAAAGAGCUCUUCUCCAAGUUCGAUACCGACAACAGCGGCGGCAUCAACAUGAACGAAUUUCUUGUGCGCAUUCGACCACCCAUGUCAGAGUCGAGGGUAAAGGUCAUCAAUGAGGCCUUCAAGAAACUGGACAGAACAGGAGACGGUGAAAUUUCCGUGGAUGAUCUGAAGUCCGUUUACAACGUUAAGGCUAAUCCUCGUUACAUUUCUGGAGAGGAAUCCGAGGAGUCCAUCAUGAAGAAGUUUUUGAAUAACUUCGAGCAGGAUGGCAUCAAGGACGGAAUUGUGACCAAGGAGGAGUUUAUGAAUUACUAUGCGGCAAUUAGCGCUUCUAUUGAUAACGACUGCUAUUUCGACUUGAUGAUGAGGCAGGCUUUCAAACUAUAAGUAUCUACCAAAACGCUUAGCAGGAUGUCCUUCCGUUAUUAAGGACAUACAAACUAACAACCACAUUUGCCUUGUUGUUUCUAAGCACUAAUAUUAUGUACUCUACCAAAUAGUAACUUAUUUAAAACUGUGUUUAUGUGUAUUCCUCACUAAGAAAUAU